AUGCAAGCAACAGUGUCUACACAGCCGUCGGCGCCACAUGUAGCCGUCGUAGCUCGUCGAAAAAAUGUUGUGGUUAGUUUUUUUUUAUAAGUCGCAUUUGGCUUUUGGUACCGCCUUGAACUUGUUUAACUGUUUUUCAAUGAAAAAUUUCCUCGAAUAUGCAUGGAAUUCAGCGUGACGUUGUCGACAUGAAGAGCAGCUUCUAUACAAUUUUGAAGGAGCCUAUUCCGACCAAAAACUGCUUUGACGUUGCGAUGACUACGGUAAAUGACGACGCAACCGGGAGUCGCUUCUUUUGCAGUAUACUACGCCGUCGGUUGAAUAUGUGAUGACGGUGCGGGUACCACAAAGAUUUCCCUUCGAACCGCCCACCGUUGAACUGACCAAGCCGAAAAAUCAUAAUGUUGGUUAUUUCUGUGCAUGAAGAGUAUGUAUGCUUCUAUAUUUUUACGAACGAUUUUUGAAGCAUCACAUGCCAUAUGUAAACGCACUCAGAUGAAAUUGGGUUGUAAACGCGAAUCCUGACGAAAAAAACUUCUUUUGAAAGCUGCUGACUAGGGAACUUCUCGGGCUCGAGGAAUCGUAUCAAGUUGAAACUACGGUGGAUUCCAGACCUGCCUAAGAGAUCUUAGAGACAAGAGAGAUUAUCUGCUAAAAACUUUUUUAGGAGAAGCUGCUCAAAGAAAUCCAAGAAGAAAGGGCUUUCCUCUCUCCCCGAGGUGGCUUGGCGCAGCGGUUAAAGGGCCAGUCUCACGAUUGACUUUUCUGAAUAGGUUCGAUUCCUGUCAAGUGCAACUCUUUUUUGCAUUUUUCUUCAAGAUAAAGUUCUUUUUAAAAGUAAGAAACUCGAAAAGGUUUGAAAGUUUUAUCAAUAUAAUAAGUCGUUUACGAGGUGUUUCAGUGAAAAUGACUUUGAUUUUUUUUUUUCUAUGGAGCAAUUGUAUCAAGAGGAAAACGUUUUCAAUUUUAUAAUUUCUAAAGAGCUUUUCGUCUUCAAGGAAAAUGCAAGAGAGUUUUUCAUCCAACAGAGUCUGAACCUACUCAAAAAAUUUAGUCAUGACACCAGUCCUCAAGCCACUGCGCCAGGCCACCUGGGUGUGGGAGGAGGGUCUAGGCGCGUACAAGACUCUUUCGGGAUUUAUUUGAGAAGCUUUUUCUUAGAAGCCUAUAGGUUUAGCAGAUAAUCUCUCUUGUUUCCUAGUACUCUUACUAUUAGCCACCAAAGAUUCAACUCUGUCCGCGUGCCGAGACGAACCCGAGUAGUUCCCUAGUGACUAAAACCAACGUAUCUAUGGAGACUUUUACGACCCUUUCUGACUUUCCCCAUUAUUCUAAUAAUUAUUAUCACAGGCAAUGUAAGAAAGGGUCGAAAAAGACUUCAUAAGAAUGUUUCUUUUAGAGGACAAAAGUUGGCUCGAUAAAAAUUUUUGCUGUCUUUUUGCGCCCUUUUUCGAGCCUCACACUUUUAGCGGCUAUUAUCCACCAUUUCAAGUUUGCCCGAGUUAUAACUCAGGAAAAAGUUUUCAGGCGAAUUUCCGCUUCCUGAGGAAAGAUUGGUGGAAGCCGACGAUGACCCUUAGAACCAGUGAGUUUUUUUUCCAUCAGAUUUUGCAUCGGGAUACUUAGUGCUGAUCGAGGUGAAUCACUCGUUGACGCAGAAGCACGCGAGCCCGCAAAAUCGGAACCGUGGCGACCAGUCGCCUGCCAGCCGAACACCCAGUAGUCGCGGACAUCGUCAAUGA